AUGAUAUUAGCUUUUUUAUAUAGUAGCAUUUGGCUUUGUAAUACAAUCUAUGAAAUGGUUUUUGGGAUUGAGUACAUUAUUAAUAUGAUAGAGAUAGCUGUUUUACCAUGGUAUUGAAUUUGCAAUAAUACUUUGUUUCCUUUCAGUUCAAUAUUUAUAAAAAACUAGAGAAUCAUUGUGUAUUUUGGUUCCAAUAUUACUCUUGAUAUUGAAUGUUGUAAGUAUGUAUUUUUCAUAUCAUAGUUAUACUUUCUGCAAUUAAUUCAGAAAGACUUUUCCUUUUUCUACUACCUCCUUAGAUUUAUGAUACCUUAAAUAAAAAUGAAACAAAGAGAUAUUAUUUUCUCAUCUGCAAAGUUUUACACUUGGUUUCUCUAUGUGUUUGGAAAGUCCUUUUAAAUUUAAAUAAUGGUUAGCCAAUUGUUAUAAUAUUUAUUUUAAUCCUAUUCUCAUUAGUUAAUCCAAAAGAACAAGACAGAUAAUUAAAACGAAAUGAUACUGAUUUCGAGGAUACAAUACACAUAAGAACAAAUUCUGAUUCUGAUCGAUUAUAAGAAAUGCAAAACAAUUUAGUAGGAAUUAUAAAAUUAGAUUGGACCUAUAAUCUUAUUAUGUCUAAUUCAAGAGCUCAUAAUUUAUUGAAAAACACAACAAUUCAAAAUAUUUUAGAAAGUCCUUUGAUUUCAAUAGAUAAAUCUACUAAAUCAGUGUUAUAGGAUUAAUUUAGUUGUAAGUUUCCAUCGGCUUAAGAUAUAAAGGAAUUUUAAUAAAGUUAUACAUUAAAAGAAGUGUUAGAAUAAUUAAAAUAAAUUCAAAAAUAUCCUUAUGAAUUUGAAGUUUUUUGUAUUAAAGGGUUUAAUGAAUUUUAUUUGAAGAUUUUUAUUCUUGAUUCAAAAUCUUUCACCAUAAUUAUAUAAAAUGUCGAAGAGUAUAAAUUGUAGAUUAAGAAAGUGUUUACAUAAACAACUAUAUAAUAAUUAUUUAAAAGUUUUAGUCAUGAAUAUAAUACUUCAUUAAAUUAUAUACUUGCUUUAGCAUAAGUUGCCGAAUGUCAUAAAUAAGUACCAAAAUAUAUUUAAGAAUAAUUUUUUAAACCAAUAUUAGCCAAUGGAAAGGUUAUGCAUAGUAUGGUAUUAGAUAUGAUGGAUUAUAACAGUAUUUUAGGUAAAACAUUUAGUUUGGAAGUUUCUAAUUUCAAUAUUAGAGAACUUAUAUUAGAAGUGGUUUCAUUAUUUAAGGAUUAAAUUAAAAAAAAGAAUUUAGAAAUUGAAUUUGAAAAUAAUAUAUAGAUUUAAGAAAUAAUAUCAGAUAAAAAUAGAAUUAAAUAAAUUUUAAUAAAUUUAGUGUCAAAUGCAUAAAAAUUUACAUUACAUGGUAAUAUAAAAUUGAGAGUUGAAAAAUAAAUAUUAAAUUAAAAACAUUAAGAAAUUAUUUUUCAUGUUGAAGACACAGGUAUAGGAAUGACAAAAGAGGAAUAAUAACGUUUAGUAUAAUUAUUAUAGUAAGGAGUACCAUCAAUAUCAAAGAUUUCAAAAAAUACUGCUGGUUUUGGUUUAGGUUUAUUUAUUAGUAAUAAGAUAGCAGAAGCCUUAUCAUAAUAGAGAUAUGAAAAAGGUGGAGGAUUGAGAUUUGAAACUUCAACAGGUAAAGGAUUUCAUUGUUGGUUUUCUGUUUACCAUUAAAUUAUAAGUCCUUCAAUAAAACCAAAUAAUCCUAGAAGUCCUUUAGUAUAAUUAAAUAAAAAAGUUAUAAUUGACACUAGACAAAGCUAAGUAAAUGCUGGAGUUGAACAUUUAAGAAUGACUCAAAUGAGAUCUAAAUUUUCACAUUUAUUGAAUAAUAAAGUACCUCCAAAUGAGAUUAAUUAAAUAAGAGAAAGAAGACCUCAUAAUAAAUUAAAACUUGUCUAAAAAUUAAUUGAUGCUGUUUCUUAAGAUUCAGUCAACAAAGAAUGUUCAAUUGAUGAAUAUCAAAAUAGAAUUAAAUAUAUUAAACCAUCAGAUUAAUAAUAAUAAUAAUAAUUAUAAUAAUAAUAAUAAAUAUCAUAAUAACAAAGUUAGAUAAAAAUUAAUUAAUUGAAUUCAGAUUGUCGUUGCCCAUUAAUUCUAAUUGUAGAUGAUGAAUAAAUCAAUAUAAUGGCACUAUCAAUAUUAUUAGAAUAAUUCAAUUUAUCUUCAGAUUAGGUUUUUAAUGGAAAAGAAUGUGUAGAUUUAAUUUUUACAAAUUAAAAAAAAAGUAUAUUUUAUUAUAAAAAUAGCAUAUUGUAGUAGAUGUAGUGAUAAAUAAUAUUAAUUAAUAUUUAUGGAUAUUAAUAUGCCUCUUUUAGAUGGAUGGGAAGCAUCUAGAUAAAUCAAAAAGAAAUUUUCAAUUUCAAUUAUAGCAUGUACUGCAUUUACAGAUAAUGAAACAAAAGAACAAUGUUAUUAAAAUGGAAUUGAUUAUUACAUCUCAAAACCUGUUAAAAAAGACUCAUUAGCAUAAGUGCUUCAAUAUUACGAUAUUCUUUGA